AUGGUCGAGCCGGAGGGUGGGGUGGGCGGCCUGGGCACCAGCGCGGCGACGGUGGCGGUGCUGGCGAUCAGCCUGAUGAGCCUGUGGCGCAGCGUGUAUCGCAUCCGCACAAGGUCCAACGACGUCUGGGGGGUAUCAAAUGUGGAGGAGGUCGUCCUGGGUGGCUGCGUGCAUGACAACCUCCUGUUCGUGUACCGUCUGGUGGUGUUCGCCUUCUCUGCGAUUGUCACAGCGGUGCACUACCGGAUGAAGGGCCACAAGCCUUUGAGAUUUUACACCAAAUGGAAUUUCUACUUGCUGACGCUGUACUUUGGCCUGGUGGUGUGGGAAACGUACUGGUUCAAGAGGAGGACGGCCAAGAAUCGGGUGCACCCCUUUGGGCCUGGCUCGUAUGUGGCAAUUAUCUUGUACCACAUCAACAUGACGACCAUCUGGACCGUGGACCUGGGCACGUGGACUGUAUUGUAUCCCCAUGCGUGCAAGAAUGCCGCCCUGGCCGACAUGUGCCGACAGUUCAUCCUGAACUUCUUCAGCUAUGUUGAGCACUUGGCCAAUGCGUUCCUGAUGCUCGGGGAGCUGUUCAUGAACCGCAUGCCCUUCUUCGACCACCUUCGAGGCCAGGUGGGCAUUUGGGUUGUCUCCUAUGUCUUCUGGUCGUUCGUCUACCAUCUGCACACUGGGAUGUGGGUGUAUCCGUUCGCAAAUACAACCAAGGCGUGGUCGCCGUUCGUCUACCUGGCGACGUUUUUCGCCCACUUCUGCGCCUACAGGAUCUUCCACCUGCUGCACUGGGUCAAGAACCAGACCCUGCUGAGGGACAGGGUGUGGCCAGAGACGCUUCUGAAGGAGGACUGA